AUGUCGCGCACGCUUCUCAUAACUGGCGCUACCGGGAAGCAAGGCGGCUCUGUGGUAGCUGCUUUACUUGCUGCCCAGGCUGACUUUAACAUCCUAGCCCUCACUCGAGAUGCCUCAUCCCCUUCGGCGAAGAAAUUGGCGGCCAAGUCCCCCAAGAUCACACUCGUGGAAGGCAACUUGGACGAUGCUGAUGCCAUUUUCACGAACGUCAGUAAGGUAACAACUUCGCCUGUAUGGGGCGUCUUCAGUGUUCAGGCAAGACCGAUCAUCGAAGAAAAGCAAGGCAAAGACCUUAUAGAUAUCUCUCUAAAAAACAACGUCAAACACUUUGUCUACUCAUCUGUCGACCGCCACGGGGCCAAAUCGAUCGAGAACCCAACUAAUAUCCCCCACUUCAUAAGCAAGCACAAUAUCGAGCACCAUCUACUGCGUCGAUCUACUGGAACAGAUAUGGACUGGACCAUCCUCCGUCCAGUCGCAUUUAUGGAGAACUUUGAUGGCGGUAUGGUUGGCAAGAUCUUUGCCUCCUGCUGGAAAGCGGUUGUAAAGUCUCGACCCCUCCAGCUCAUUGCAACAGCCGACAUCGGGGUUUUCGCAGCCAAGGCCUUCAUCAACAUGUCUGCAUAUAAAGGCAAAACUAUCUCUCUUGCAGGGGAUGAGUUGACAUAUGAUCAGAUGGCCACAGUCUUCAAAGAGAAGACUGGAUCAGAUGUACCCUUAGCCGCAGGCAUUCUCGCAAGGAUCACGCUAUGGUUGUCAAAGGAAAUGGGCACCAUGUUUGCCUUUUUUGAAAAUGAGGGUUAUGGUGCGAACCCCGAAGAAUUGCGGCGUAUGCACCCUGAGCUCAAAACACUUGGCACUUGGCUUGAAGGAAGCGUGUAUGCGAAGCGCCAGUAG